AUGAAUCCCAAAUCGUAUGAACUUCUGUGUGCCGUCCUUCUCGGCUCCGGUCAGCUGUGCAUUAUGACUGGUAUGGUAAUUGGCGCUGGAGUGAUUGGAGCAAUUACAACAUUCACUGCUGCUGACAUUGCCAAAACCGAUCUGGCUGCCAAUAAGACAAUUGCAAAAAUUGAGAGAAAGUACGGCGACAUCGAAAUAUUUAUAUUGUUCGGGGUAUUCACAACCGUCUCCAUAUUAGGUAGCAUAAUCUUUGCGCUUCUUCCUUCUGAGGAAACCGAGGAUUGUAUCGAAGGUAUUAAUAAAGGCGGAUCACCUUGGGAUGAGUUUGUAAUCACAUGCGAGACCCUAAUCGACUCGAAUAUGCUUCAAUUAUUCCCAUUAUUCGCUUUAAUCGGCACCACCAACUCAUUAUUCAUGUCGAUUCUGCCAACAUCGCUGCAAUUCAAUCUCAACAAUUCCGGAAUGAUGUACUUGCCAGCGGUUUAUAGUCUAGGUCUCGGAAUCGGCGAGAUUCUGAUGGGAAUUUUUAUAUCAAUGAUGAGCCAACGUGUCAAGAAUUUUUCGCUGCGACCGACGACGACGAUCGCAGUGAUUCUUAUGUUCAUUUAUUGCAGUCUCAUUGUCUCUUCGACGCCAUUUGAUGCUCCAAUGAGGCCGACGAGCGCAAAACCAUUGCUCUUCUCGCAAUCAUACUACCUAAUAUUCGCCAUUGGCUUGCUGAUCGGCCUCUCCGACAAUUGCUUGAACACCUCUCGCGGAGUGAUCUGCACCCUUUCAAUGCCUAGCAGAGUAACUCAAGCGCACGCAAUUUCAAAGCUUAUACAGGCUGCCAGCUCGUGCCUGUUAUUCUUCAUAAGCCCGUGGCUCAACAUCUACUUCUACACAAUCGGUCUUCCGCUCCUCGCCGUUUUCACAGUUUUCCUAUUCUUCCCACUAUCAAGGACAAUCGAAGAGGAAGAGGCGGACAGUCUGACGGAAACAUUAUCCAGUGCAUCUUCUAAAAUCCAAUAA